GAUGGAUGGAUGGUGGGACCCAAUCGACGCCUGCUGUUCUGGGUACCUCCAGCUUCCCAGCACCCAUUUUAUUCUCCUGACACUGCAAUGGUAAUCCCGAGAGGACAUGUUGAGCUUGAUUUGAGCAAAAUGGAACAUGGAACACGCUGGUCGAAUUGCCGAGAU